UCACCCAGGUUGUGUGGUUUACUGCCUUAUUCCCAUAUGUUGUCCUGUUCAUUCUUAUGAUUCGUGGGGCAACACUGCCGGGGGCCCUAGACGGCAUCAAAUAUUAUCUGACACCAGACUUCUCAAGACUUGCAUAUUCCGAGGUGUGGGUGGAUGCGGCCACACAAGUCUUCUUUUCCCUUGGCCCAGGAUUUGGUGUUUUAUUGGCAUUUGCAAGUUAUAAUGAUAUUCAUAAUAAUGUUUAUCGAGACGCCAUACUAACCAGUAUCGUUAACUGUAUGACGAGUUUUUUCUCUGGAUUUGUUAUCUUCAUGAUUUUGGGUUAUAUGUCACAACACUCAAAUCUACCCAUUUCAGAGGUGGCUACACAAGGACCUGGUUUAGUGUUCGUUGUAUAUCCAGAAGCCAUAGCUACCCUCCCAGGUGCAACAUUUUGGGCAUUGAUAUUCUUCCUCAUGUUGCUUACCCUAGGUCUAGACAGUUCGUUUGGUGGCUCAGAAGCCAUCCUGACAGCUUUAGCAGAUGAGUUUCCAUGGUUACGAAGACAUCGAGAAUUAUUCGUGGCGAUGUUGUUUACCGUAUACUUUGUAGUUGGAUUAGCUAGUUGUGCUCAGGGAGGAGCAUAUGUGGUUCACUUGAUGGAUAGAUAUGCCGCCGGUUAUUCUAUUUUAUUUGCUGUCUUUUUUGAAAGUAUAACAAUUUCUUAUUGUUACGGCGUGGACAAGUUCUCUGACGAUAUUGAAUCUAUGAUGGGAUUCCGCCCCGGUUUCUACUGGCGGGUCUGCUGGAAAUUCGUAGCACCUGUAUUCUUAAUGUUCAACAUAAUAUUCGGUUUGGUUGCUUACCAGCCCCUAAAGUACGACGACUAUGAGUACCCUUGGGCGGCUAAUCUGAUUGGUUGGUGCGUUGCUCUCUCCUCUAUCCUCUGUAUUCCAGGAUUCGCUAUAUUUGGUCUGGUCACCACACCCGGGACAGCUAAAGAGGUAAGACAAUAUUUGCAACCGCACAUCCAACUAACCACAAGCAAGCUACAGCUGGCCAUAAUAUUCUUUCUUUGAUUGUUACUGUUGUUUUUUUU